GCUGGACUGCACCUGCUCUACACUUUGUCAUCAUGAGCUCGCCGAUGUCGAUGAAUGUCUUCACAGGACCCACAGCCAUCCGAGACUUCUACAAUCCUGAGAUGAACCCGCCGUUACCUCUCGUGGAAAUUCCAGAGCAUCCAUUUACUGGUGACGGCGUGCGUAUUUUUGCUAAAUUAAUGACACAGCUACCCGCGGCGAACGUAAAAUCUCUCCCUGUCUCAGCACUGAAUAUGCUUUUGCGUGGGGAAGAGCAAGGCGAGAUUACCCAAAGCACACAGCGGAUAGUCGAGUACUCGUCCGGGAACACGGUUAUCUCGCUCGGCAUCUUAAGUCGCGUACUCGGCCUGGCGCCCGUCACAGCGUACAUCUCGAACAAGACGUCCGACGCGAAGCUGAAGCUCCUCCGCUUUUUCGGUCUUGAAGUAUCCCUCUUUGGCGGCCCGGCUCAGGUAGAACCCGCAGACGUCAAUGGAGGUAUACACGCUGCCAUCCAAGAUGGCAAGAAACCUGGCAUCUUCAAUCCAGGGCAAUACCACAACGGACACAACUCGGAGGCACACGUACGGUGGACGGGCCCGCAGCUACAUGCGCAACUGCCUGAGCUCUCCGUCUUUGCCGCCAGCGUCGGAACAUCCGGCACGAUGACCGGGACGGGCUCGUACUUUAAGUCGGUCAGCCCACGGACAGUGAACCUCGGCAUCUUCACAGCGCCGGGCGACCGCGUACCCGGGCCGCGCCCGAUCGACUUGGUGCAGACGAUCGACCUGCCAUGGAAGGAGGUCAUCGACGUCGCCGAGUACGUCGGCUCGAAGGAGUCGUACACGCGCAGCAUGGAGCUCUGCCGCGAGGGGCUUCUCGUAGGACCGAGCUCGGGGCUGGCAUACCAAGGCGUGCUGCAGUACCUGGAAAAGACGAGGAAGGCCGGCGGGCUUGACAGUCUGCGGAACUCAGACGGUUCAAUAACCUGCGCGUUCAUCUGCUGCGACCAGCCGUUCAUCUACCUUAACGACUACUUUGACAAGCUGCCGGCUUCGCUCUUCCCGCAGGUCCACAAGGAGCACCUGCUAGAGGUUGAUACGUACCCGUACGGCGUCGACUGGAAGCUGUCUCUCGCAGAUGCCCGCGCCAUCUUGCAACCAGUGGCCAAAGUUUGCCCAUGCCCCCACGACCGGAACGGUUCCUCCGACAAGAAGAAACUGAACGACGUAGCCGACCACUCAUCAGUGGCAAUCCUCGACUUGCGCGGGCCAGCGGACUCGCUCGUACACACAUCGCUGGCAUGCACACACCAAGUGCUUAGCUUCGCCAUUGAGGCUCGCGAAGACCCGAACCCAUUCCGGGACGCCGACGUCCUCGCGCGACAGUGGAGGGCGCUCAACAUGCGGCUCGAGCCUACCGAUUAUGAAUUCGGUGCCGCGCUGUUCAAGGGCGGACGCAGGAGAGUACUUGUCGUAUCGUACGACGGGAACGCUGCGAGCGUUGGAUGCAGUGUGUUGCGCGCGAAGGGCCUCCAGGCUUUCUGGCUCGAUGGUAGAGUAGAGGAACUAGGCGAACUGUAAGGAGUAGGUAGAAA